AUGAGACUUUCUCUCGCGCUCGCGCUGUAUAUCUUCGCAGGCACUGCCUCGGCAGCGACGCAGGCGGAUCUCAACGCCGCUCUGGAUCACAAGCAGGAUGCUUUGGACGAAUUCAAGCUGAGCCUCGAGACCGCCGCGGUCGACAUCAACACCGGCACGUUCGACAACUCGACGUGCGAGAUCUACUCCUCGUGCAGUGCCGAGCUUAGCGAGCCGUUUUGCCACUUUAAUUAUGGCAACUCCAGAGGCUGCGGGUGCAACGCGGGCAGGACGAUCGACACGAGGAACAGCGUCAUCAAGACCUCCCCGAACCUUGGCGCGAGCGACUACUCUGUGAAACGCACCGCGUGCGAAGCGAAUCACAUCAACGCCAACUUGACGAGUCUGUACGACAGCAUGAUUGAGCUGGGCGACGCGAAAUGGCUCUUCUACGGGUCGAAGGACGGGGUCCUGAUCAACUUUCCGGGCAUCGUCUGGGACGAGGACAUCGCUGAGGACACGUGUGGCACCACCUACGAUGCCCGCAUCCGCCCCUGGCACAUGACCGGCGCCACCGGACCCAAGAACGUGGUUCUAAUCCUGGACACCUCUGGUAGCAUGUCCCAAUACAAUCGCAUCGACAUGCUCAAGCAAGCGGCGAAGGCCGUGCUCGACGCGACCACGUUUGCCGAUUUUAUCGGUAUUGUCGAGUUCAACAGCUACGCAAGUACCUAUGCCGAUCUCACCACCCUGGCCCGUGCCAUGCCGGAGUUUAAGGAGAUUCUCUCCGGAUUUAUCGAUGGAUUCAGCCCCAGCGGAAGCACAAACAUGCUUGACGGGUUUAAAAGGGCGUUCAAGCUCGUGGACGACUCGAACGAGAAGAACUAUGGCGCGGGAUGUCACACAACCUACGUUUUGGUGACGGACGGCGAAUGGACAGGAGACGGCAACCCCACGAGUACCAUCACGGAUAGACAGAUCACUCACAGCGACGAACACUUCUUUGUCGUUGGCCUCGGCGAUGGUGUGGACGCGCAGGGUCUCAAAGACCUCUCGUGCAAGACGGGCGCCAUCUACACCCAAGCGAAUGACGGCGACGAGUCGGGUCUGCAGCGCUCGAUGAUAUCCUUCUACAAGUACUACGCCCUCUUCAAGACUCUCAACAAGGUCGAAGGCUACUCGUGGUCUGAGCCGUACGAGUCGAUUCCCAGCAUCUGGGGGGCGAUGACCACGGUUGUUGCUCCAGUGUACGACAAGACCCGUGAGCCGUGGCACAUGAUGGGAGUCGCCGGGGUGGAUGCCACCGUUUGCGACCUGCUCCAGAAUAAAGUUCCAGAUCCAACCGGUUCCACCAGGACCCAGAGGGGGUGUACCUGCCGAGAGACGUACACGUACCAUGGAAAGAUGUUAUCAGGUUGCACGACCACGGACUGGCCGGUGCCUUGGUGCGCAACCUCGGGCAUCUGCGGCUCGUGCAAUACGGAUAGCGUUGAGGGAGGAUGCUGGGACGACUGUGAGCCGGAGGGCAAGGAGGGCGUGUUGCAGGAAGAGCUCCUGGCCCGUUCGACGGGUUGGUGCGAACCCGCCUCGCUCGACGCAUGCGCGCUCGAGGCUUUGAGACUGAGCAUGGGCGAAUAUAAACCCGAAUCCAAGUGCGGCUCGAGUGAAAGCAAAUUCGACUACGCCAGCUGCACAGACGCGAACAUUGCAAACUACUCGUGGGCCAUCGACGGGCCCCAAGAUCCGGACUCCACCACCUACAAUCUCAAGUCUGUUCAAUCGAGCUUGCAGGGCACAUUGUACGACAUGAACGCGGACGAGUGCGAGUGCGACGACACCAUGCAACCGACGUGCGCAUGUGCGGCGAUGGAGGAAAUAAAUAAGAGGAGCAAGACCUGCAGUGGUGGGGACUGCUCCCCUCUCAACAUGGGGCUUUUCUUUGGCAUUCUCAUACCAUGCCUGCUUUGCUGUUUUGGCUUUAUAUGGAAGGUAAUUUGUAGGAAGAAGCGGGUGCCGCCACAGGUACAAGUCACGCACCAUGUGAUACACAGCAACGGGCCUUCGGUGCCGGCUAUGCCGGCUUCAUACGCUUUUCAGCCUCAACAAUGGGCUCCUGCGCAGGCUACAGCACCUCCGCAGAGGUACACUUACCAACCGGCUACAGCAUCUCCUCAAGGGCACAUUUACCCAGCAUCUCCGCAACCGUAUUACCCAAAAGUGUAA